ACCGUUGAAAGACGACUUUGCAGCUCGAUACGCAUGCGCAGUCAAUUCUCCGCUCUAAAGGGAGACAUGGCGGCGUCCCUGAUCUGCGGCCGUUUGACGGCGAGCCUGAGAACUUCAGGGGCGAAGAACUCGGUCAGCUCCGCGUCCAAGGUUCUCGCCGGUUCUGCUGGUCUGUUUGGAGGCCAUGUGUCCCUGCUGCAGCCCCCCCACCUGCAGCAGCAGCAGAGGAACCUCUCCCUGCACGAGUACAUGAGCAUCGGGCUGCUGAAAGAGGCCGGCAUCUCUGUGCCACACGGCCUGGUGGCCAGCUCCUCGGACGAGGCCUACUCUGUGGCCAAGCAGAUCGGUUCAAAGGACCUGGUGGUGAAAGCUCAGGUGCUGGCUGGUGGAAGAGGAAAGGGGACGUUCGAGGGCGGAUUGAAGGGAGGCGUGAAGAUCGUCUACUCGCCAGAGGAGGCCCGUGAUAUCUCAUCCCAGAUGAUUGGUCGAAAGCUGUACACCAAGCAGACUGGGGAGGCGGGGCGUAUCUGCAACCAGGUGUUCAUCUGCGAGCGCAGGUACCCGCGCAGAGAGUACUACUUCGCCAUCACCAUGGAGAGGUCCUACCAGGGCCCCGUGCUGAUUGGCAGCUCGCAGGGGGGCGUGAACAUCGAAGACGUUGCAGCGGAGAAUCCAGAAGCCAUUGUGAAGGAGCCCAUCGACAUUGUGGAGGGCAUUAAGAUGGAGCAGGCUGUCAAGGUCGCUCAGAAGAUGGGCUUCCCGCCGGCGCUGGUGAACGAGGCGGCGGAGAACAUGAUCAAACUGUACAAUCUGUUCAUCAAGUACGACGCCUCCAUGGUCGAGAUCAACCCCAUGGUAGAGGACUCCUCCGGCAUCGUGAUGUGCAUGGACGCCAAGAUCAACUUUGACUCCAACGCAGUGUACCGCCAGAAGAGGGUGUUCGACAUGCGGGACUGGACCCAGGAGGACCCCCGGGACCAGCAGGCCGCCAAGGCCGACCUCAACUACAUCGGCCUGGAUGGAACCAUCGGCUGUCUGGUAAACGGCGCCGGUCUGGCCAUGGCCACCAUGGACAUCAUCAAGCUCCACGGCGGCACACCGGCCAACUUCCUGGAUGUAGGAGGAGGAGCCACAGCUCAUCAGGUGACCGAGGCCUUCAAGCUCAUCACCUCUGACAGGAAGGUUCAGGCCAUCCUGGUCAACAUCUUCGGAGGCAUCAUGAGGUGUGAUGUCAUCGCCCAGGGCAUCAUCAUGGCGGUGAGAGACCUGGACCUGAAGAUCCCCAUCGUAGUGCGGUUACAAGGGACGAGAGUGGACGACGCCAAAGCUCUGAUCGCUGCCAGCCCACUGAAAAUCCUGGCCUGUGACGACCUGGACGAAGCUGCUAAAAUGGUUGUAAAGCUUUCUGAAAUCGUCUCGCUGGCUAAGGAAGCUCAAGUGGACAUCACCUUCCAGCUGCCCAUCUAAAGAAACCUGGACCUUUGACCUCCUCACCCCAAACCCUCCCUCUGUCUCUUAGCAGCCCACCACUCCCUCCCCCCCCUCAGACAGACAGCCAAGACGAGCCUCUCCCUCCUGAGGGGAGACGACCUCGGAGACUUUUGGUUUUCUAACUGGCAUGAUGGCAUGACUGUACAGGCGACCAACCACAGCAGGUUUGACCUCGCUUCCUGUCCCUCCCCUUCUCAGACCUACAAACUUGUCUAGCACUUGAGUUGAUACGCACAAACCUCCCCUUUAACUCCCCUCACUCCCACGCUCUGAGCGGGAGGCACACGUGAACCAGUCUGUACUUGUUGGGAAAUGUUAAAAAAAUAAAAACCGACCAGCUGAAGCGUUUUUCUGUUUGAUUUCAGAUUCAGUCACUGCGCUCGCUCACGUUGUUAUUUUGUGUUUUCAGUUCAGUUAAAAUUAAUAUUUGUGGGACAGCGGCCACGGUGGCUGCAGAAAGACGACUGGGAAGGCGCCAGGAAAGGGAUUGUAUUCCCGUUAUUUUCAUAAACGCAUAGUGAGUGCCUUUUUGUUGUCUUUAAAGAGGAAUGUAAGAGAACAGAUGUGUUCCCUCCAUGUUAAACUAUUUAAUCAAACAUCAGGUGAAAUGCUGAAAACACACAAACAACAGCAAGCAUUGAUUUAAUUUAGUGUUCUGGCGCCUUGACAUUAUUUCUCCACCUCAGAAGUGUUCAUCAGCUUUACUGGUGACCCUCCGUUAUACUGUGGUGGUGAAAACCUCACAGACUUGCUAUCACAGCUGGAGCUUCUUCGUCCAGAUGUGUAUUUUCAAUGCAGAGAGCAUCAGAAACCAAACAUUAGGGUGUUGAGGCGGAAAUCUCACAACCAGGACAAAUGAAUCCAAAACUAUCUGCAUGGGGUUUGUAGGGAAAAAAGUAAAGACCAACAUAAGGAAACCGACAACAGGGAACUCUCAUUAUGAGGAUAUUUAUAAAUUUAGCUGCUUAAAGAAGGUCAAAGUUAAAGCUGAAGAGAUGUGAAAAGAGGUUCAGAGUUGCUUUCUCACUGUCCUCACUUCAUUUCAAGCCCAAACCAGAAGGGCUGGAAAACCGGUUCAGAUCGUCUGACGGCCUCGACAGCCAGUUCAUCUCAAUGUUGGAGGCAGCCGUUGUAGAAGCCCCAGGUUCAAAUGAACCACUUCACCCCCUCAGAGUGUUUCUCCUCCUUCGGAUGUUGAAUGCUGCAAGACUGCAUUUGUGUUUCUGCGUAUUUAUUUGGUUCUACUGUAAACCCCCUUCAUUGGAGAACAGGCUGCUUCAGGGUGGAACGGGAGCUUCUGCAGCAGCUGCCACUGUAUUUUCAAUCUGCCAUUAUGCCACACAGCAGCAGCCAGUUUCUGUCGGCAUCUUCUUUGUUUCUGUAGAUAAUGUCAGACUUUGAGCAGCCGCGUCCUCAGAAGAACGCUAAAAUGACCGAGGUGGUUUUUCUCCCGCUCUCCUCCCUCCUCUUCCAGCGCUGCAAACACAUUGUGAGCUGUACGUCAUUUAUUAUAUCUUGUAAAUAACCAAACUGAUGUUCUCACUCUGUAAAAUAUUUAAAUGACAAAGGAAGAAAGAAAAUAAAUACAGAGAUGUUUCAAUG